AUGUCAACAAUCAGCAUUUCAGGAAUAGCCGUACCCCGCCUAUGCUUCGGAGUGGGAACCCUCAUGAAGUGGGCACCUGGCCACACUCAUCCACUUCCUACAGACAGCAGCGUCGAAAUUCAACAAGCGAUUGACGCGGGGUUCCGUCACUUCAACACUGGCGAUAUCUACACCAAUAAUGACAGCUUUGCCGAAGUCCUCCGCCGCAGCAAUCUCAAACGCUCCGAGAUCUUCCUAUCCCUUAAGAUCAAUACCUACGCAUCCCUAGGAUGUCGAGGCCGCGAUCACAUGAUCCAGGCCGUAAAGCAGGAGAUUGAGCGGUUUGGGACACUAGAAGGCUAUGUCGACAUCCUGCAGCUGCACUUCCCGCCCCGCGGUUAUGAUGGUAACAUGACCAAUCGCGAUGCAUGGCGUGUGCUGGAAGAUCUUAAGGAUCAGGGAGUUGCUCGCAUUAUUGGUGUAUCGAAUUGGACCUUGCCCGAUUACUACGACAUCUUCAGCGCCAGCGACCUCAAACACCCUCCACAGCUCAAUGAAUACGAGUUUAAUCCGUUCUUGUUGUCUGAUCCCAAGGUCCGGCAACUCCGCGAGUUCGAGGUCAAGCACAACAUUGUCCCAAUGACCGUCAGCGGUCGCUUGCCCACUGAAGACAGCACAGCACUGUUGCAGAAGUUGGAAGAGCAGUCAAAGCAAACGAGGCUGUCCACAGCUGAGCUGCUGCUCAGCUGGGCAUACUACCGGCUUGGCGGCAUUGUCGUGACAUCUACAUCGAAGGCAGACCGCGCUAAAAAGACCUUCGCGCUCCUUUCGGCCAAGCAAGCGCCUGUUAACGGUCAGAUCUACGAGGAGAUUGAGAAGGCGGCAACGCUGGAUGGUCCUGAAGAGUUCGUUGAAUAUGCCUCUUGUACUAUUUUAAUGUAUACUGUAGAAGUCUCACGACAUGGCUUCAACCCCGCGUUUAUACUCUCUUCUACAAGAGAUUUCAACUACCCCACCGCCACUUAUGUGAGUUUCGGCACCCCACCACAUCCUGCAACGUCACUAGUGUUUCCCCACGCCCUCAUCCCCCAAGAGCCAUACGUUAUAAGCUUUGUCUACAUUACGAAUUUCCAAACAAAGCAUCUCCAGGCGAAAACUGUCAUGUCUCUUCUUGUGCUCUUUGGUUCUCUCACGCUCCUUGCCAUCAGCUGGCUGCUCAGCCACAUCCUUGCAUGUCUUUCACUCCCUGGAGCGUACGGGCCUGCCCUUGCCAGAUGGACUGAUGCAUGGUACAUCUGGAAAAUAUGGCAGGGCAAGUAUGAGGCGUACGACAUCGAAGCACAUGAGAAUGGCUCCAGGAAAAUCGUUCGCAUCGGGCCUCGCAUGUACAGCAUUGAUGACCCGGCCAUGGCUCGCGUAAUCUAUGGCAUCUCAUCUCCCUUGCCAAAAAGCGGAUGGUACGAUGCCUGGGGAGACCCUCGCAUCCCGAAUCACAAUCUCUUCAGCGCGCGCGAUCGCGCCGUGCAUGGCCUCAUGCGCCGCAAAGUCGCCAGCAUGUACUCCAUGUCGACAAUCAAGUCCUACGAGCCCUAUGUUGACAGCUGUGUUGCGCUUCUUCUGAAGCGUUUCGACGAGUUCGCCGAGAGCGGAGAGACGUUUGACUUGCAGCAGUGGAUGCAGUGCUAUGCAUUUGAUGUGAUUGGUGAGAUCACGUUCGGCAGACGAGUAGGUUUCUUGGAAUCUGGCGGGCAAGAUAUCGACGGCAUCAUGCGAGGUCUAGAAGACGCCAAUGCGUUCUCGACACUCUCAGGCGUCAACGCCGUCUUGUUGCCCAUACUUCUCGUUCUUUAUGGUAACCCUGUUCGUGGUAUCGCAAGUUUUGCGCGAAAGCUCCAAUCCGAGAGCGAUGAUAUUGACAUCAAGGAAAAGCAUGGCGGAGAGACCUUCCUGACAAAAGCUCAACGACUGCAGAAGGAAGACCCGGAGGAAUACGAAAGAUUUCGUGUUCAAACGCUUACUUUGACAGGAAACGUUGCAGCUGGAAGUGACACCACGAGCAUUUCUCUAACCAGUGCGAUGUACCAUAUUCUCACCACAAAUGGUGUCGCAAAGAGCAUGUACGAAGAGCUCUAUUCUCAAGGCUUCUGCUCUAGCCUCGAUGAACACAUCACUUUUGACCAAGCCCAGCAACUUCCGUACCUCCAGAUGGCCAUCAAAGAAGCCCUGCGACUCCAUCCAGCCGUCGGCUUGCCCAUGUGGCGCGAGGUCGUAGGGUCCAGUCUGGACGUCGAUGGAACCCAUUUUCCGCCUGGGACACUCAUCGGUAUCAAUCCCUGGGUAGCGCACCGGAACGCAAAAGUCUUUGGCACAGACGCCGCAGACUUCAUGCCAGAACGGUGGGAUCCCCAACACGCCUCCUCGGAGACGUUAGCGGUCAUGGAGCAGUACUACCUGCCUUUCGGAGCGGGCGCGAGGAGCUGUAUAGGGAAGCAUAUAUCAAGCCUGGAGAUGGUGAAGUUGAUCCCAGAGCUAGUCAGGCGGUAUGAGUUUGAGUGUCUCAGUGGGGAAUUGAGGACUGUUAAUAGGUGGUUUGUAAAGCCACAGAAAGUACUCUUUAGUGUCAGGCGGAGAGGACUUAGAUCUUGA